UAGUUUCGAUUUCCAAAUGCUUAAUCUUCUUCAAUCUCUCCCCCCGAGAAGUUGUAUCUUCUUCUUCCUCCAAACCCCAAUUUUAGCGCCAAUAAACUCCAUUAGAAUGCCAAUCACAAGGCUUUCUUCUUCAACAGCUCUCUCGUCGUCUUCCGAGACAAACAUCAAUCUUCCAGACUCAAACCCAGAAGGUAGUACUACUACUACUUCUAUAUCUGAAACUCGCGUGUUUGUUCGAAAAAAGCGACCUAGAAAGACUGAAGAUAUAUUAUCCCUAAAUGAGGAUAAUAAUAAUAAUAAUAAGCUCCCCGUCUUGCCUGAUAUUGAAGACUUUGCAUAUGGAAAAUCCAACCAGUCAAGAGUGUCAAUUUCAUCUCAUGUUCAGAUAACAGGUAUAAAUACAUCUUCUGAACCUCCUGCCAAUUGGGAGAAGAUUCUACAAGGAAUUCGUAAAAUGAGAUCUUCUGAAGAUGCACCAGUAGACACAAUGGGUUGUGAAAAAGCUGGCAGCUUACUUCCUCCUAAGGAAAGAAGAUUUACUGUCUUGAUAUCUGCACUUCUUUCAAGCCAAACAAAGGAUCAAGUAACCCAUGGUGCUAUUCAACGUCUACUUCAAAAUGGUCUUUCAAAUCCAGAAUCUGUCGAUGGAGCCGAUGAAGAAACCAUCAAGAACUUAAUUUAUCCGGUUGGAUUCUACCCGAAAAAGGCUAGUAAUAUGAAGAAAAUAGCCACAAUAUGCCUGACAAAGUAUGAUGGUGACAUUCCUAGUACACUAGAAGAACUGCUGCAGCUUCCAGGAAUUGGACCCAAAAUGGCUCAUCUGGUUAUGAAUGUAGCUUGGGAUAAUGUUCAGGGGAUAUGCGUAGAUACUCAUGUGCAUCGUAUCUCCAAUCGAUUAGGUUGGGUCUCACGGAUGGUCUCCAAACAGAAAACUUCAAAUCCUGAGGAGACUAGAAUUGCUUUGGAACGAUGGCUUCCAAAGGAAGAGUGGGUUCCAAUUAACCCCCUUUUGGUUGGCUUCGGACAGACUGUGUGUACUCCGUUGAGACCUAAAUGUGGAAUCUGCUGUGUUAACGAUAUGUGUCCAUCUGCGUUUAAAGAGGCAGCAGCCUCAAGCCCCUCUUCCAAAUCGAAGAAAUCUGGUCGAGGCAAGAUCUGAUAUGAUUGAUGUUUAGUAUUGUAAUCUGGUUUUGCAGAUAAACAAGAAGAAAUCAAAUAUGCUUUUAUGAUUAGGAGAAAUUUUGUAAAGGCCAUUCUGUGGCAUGUAGCUUUUUGUAAUUGCAUCUUCUUCCCAAUGACUGCAAUAUCUAUUAAAAGGAAGGCUUGAAGCCAUUUAUAAUACAAUCAUCACUUAAUUGCUAAUUAUAAAGAUGAAAAACAUAUUCUAGCA